AAUGAGACAUCGUUGUAAAUGUCAUGGAGUUUCCGGUUCUUGUUCGGCUAAGAUAUGCUGGAGAGAUAUGGCACCCUUCCGUCAGAUUGGCAAAGUUCUUAAGGAACGUUUCGAUGGAGCAACUCUUGUAAAAUUUGACAGACGAUUAAAUAAAUUUGAACGUGUCGAUAAAAGCUUAAAGGAACCUUCUAAAAGGGAUCUUAUAUACUUAAUCGAUUCUCCAACUUUCUGCGAACCUGAUAAGGGUUGGGGAAGCGUGGGAACAACUGGAAGAGUAUGCAAUAAAAAUUCACCCGGUCUGGACGGUUGUUCGCUAUUAUGUUGCGGGAGAGGAUUUAACAAAUACGAGAAACACGUAACGGAAGACUGCGAUUGCUUAACUCUUCUCAAGGUACCGCCGUGGCUUGUUCUAAUAAGAUCAGAGAAGAAUCAAUGUACCGGAAUGUUAAUUCAACAGGACAUUGUACUAUCUUCCGCAUCUUGCAUAGCUGACGACUAUGGGUAUAUUAACGAGACUAGUUUAAUUGUUAUGUCAGGAAGGCGCUAUGCCAAUUUAUUAGACGAACCUUAUGAACAAAGAAGAAAAUCAGAAUCCAUUCAGCUAUUAUCCAACUAUGGCUUAUCUUUAGUAAUCACUGAUAAAGGUGAUAAUGAAUUUUCCGUUACAAAGAUCGGUAAGGAUAUAGCCGUUCUCUUUAUGGAAGAGGAAUUUUUCAAAUCAGAUAAAGUUUAUCAUAAACAUUCGUGGGAAAUAAAGAGAGGAGACAGCGAUUGUCGCCUGAUUGGUUGGAAUCCAAGAUCCGGAUUGUCUUUCAUCAUGUCUUUGUUUGUUUUUGUUAUUUGCUUAACUAUUACUCUACUAAGUUUAUUCAUUAUUAUGCCCUUUUUAAUAUUACAUAAUUUUCGAUUGUUGUUGGAAUUGGAUCGUGCUGGAUAUCAAACAAGCUCGGAUCGAAGCUCAGGCAAUCAGUUGAGCGUUAUAAGAUCAUCGGCUUCCAGCAAAAAUAAUAUGCAACUGCUGCCUUUAAAGAGCUUUGCGAAACCCUCAAUUGAUUCCAGAAGGUCUCCUUCUUUGGACGAAGAUAGUAAACGUCAACAUAUUAUUAAUAUCCUCUCUAUCCAAAUUGUUGAUAAGUAUAGUAAAAGGAGAAUAUGGCUAUCCUAUAUUCCGAAAAGAAUAGAAAAUGCUUGCCAGAGAACGAAAGGAAAUCGUGUUUAUAAGCAGGAUUUCAAACAAGUUCAGCAUUACAUGGAAACUGUAUCGGUAUACUCGUUGAAAAGUGGAGAAUUCCCCAUUGAAGAUAUGAUGCUUCUACUUCAAGGAAUGGAUAUUGAAGAUUGUCCAGUUGAAGGGUUAAAAAUGCAUAAGGGAAGUAUCUGUCUAUAUAGCGAUUCGGAGCCUUUCAGUUGCGAAUUACCUUCUCAUAUUCUUUCAUUUUAUAACAAUUUGUCCCAACAACAAGGCCAAAAUUUACCAUCAAUUAGUAGUAAUGUUUUAUGGAGUGCUAUUAACUAA